UUAUAUAAUUAUUAUAUUCGGUAAUAUUUAUUUUUCUGUGUUCGGUUUCUUUUUGGAUUUUUGUUUUUAUUUACGUUUACCUAGCAUGAUGGAUAAAUUUUCAAAAAGGCAAUGGUAUACGCUGGUCGUUAUAAGUAUAGCAGAUUUUUGUAACGCAAUAUGUGUAUCCUUACAAGCGCCGUUUUAUCCGCACGAGGCUGAAUUAAAAGGUGCGAGUGCCACAGAAUAUGGUUUAGUAUUUGGAAUAUUUGAAUUUGUUGUAUUUGUUGUAAGUCCGCUAUAUGGUCAACAUUUAAAUAGCAUUGGUCCGAAAGUUAUGUUCAAUGGUGGUAUUUUUACAACGGGUAUUUGUGCAAUAUUAUUUGGACUUUUAGAUAAAGUUGAAGGACAUUAUCCGUUUAUAAUAUUGAGUUUUGUUAUACGAAUAACAGAAGCGUUGGGAAAUGCUGCAUUUUUAACAGCAAGUUUUGCUAUUAUUGCAAAAGAAUUUCCUAAUAAUGUAGCAACAACAUUUGCAUCCUUGGAAACAUUUUUCGGUUUAGGAUUAAUUAUGGGACCAACUGUUGGAGGUGCACUUUAUCAAUUAGGUGGCUAUACAAUGCCCUUUGCAAUUAUGGGUGGGGCUUUAUUCUUAGCUGCUGUAUUAACAGCAUUUGCAUUGCCAAAUAAUGAACCACAAAUGGAGCAGAAUAAAGGACCUUCAAUCUUAUCAGCGUUAAGAAUACCUGGUGUAUUUAUUGCUGCUCUUAGUAUAAUUGUAACAAGUAUGUCAAUUGGAUUUCUUCAAGCAACAUUAGAACCACAUUUAAGAAUUUUCCAUCUAUCACCGGUUAUUUUGGGUAUCAUGUUUGUGAUAAAUGGUGGUACUUAUGCUGUAACUGCACCACUUUGGGGAUGGAUGUGUGAUAAAGCAAUGGUACCGAAAGUUGCAACUAUUAUAGGAUGUAUUUUGGUUGCUGCUGGAUUUUUAUUAGUUGGGCCAGCGCCGUUUAUUCCUACAGAGCCAAUCAUGUGGGUCACGAUUACCGGAUUGGUGUUACAUGGUUUAGGAAUGUCUGCUCAAUUGGUUGCAUCUUUUACGGAUGCGCUUCGAACUAGCAUAGCUUAUGGAUUUCCAAAUAAUUUGGAAACAUUUGGUUUAAUAUCUGGAUUAUGGACAAGUACUUUUGCUUUGGGAGCAUUCAUUGGUCCAUCUAUAAGUGGAAUCUUAUAUGAUAGUAUUGGUUUCCGUUGGGCCACUAUGUUUGUGGUAGCAUUACACUUACUUGUGGGCAUUAUUGUUUUAUUCUUCUUAAUAUUCAGUAAAACUCGGCGAGGUUACAUUGAAUUACCAUCACCAGCGACUGAAGAAAAAAUACAAAAUGGUGAUAUUGCUGCAAGUUUACAAUCGAAUUCGUUAACACAAUCACAUAAAAGUAUACGAAGUGUAAAUGGUAUAUCAAUUGAACAAAGUCGUCCAGCCGCCAUGAACAGUUUAAUUGCAUGUAACAGUUAUAAAUCAAAAGUGUGGCCACGACGGGAAAGUUUCGGUGUACAUACAGCAACAUCAGGUGGUGCCAAUCAAGGUGCUCAAGGCUUUUCAUUAGGUCCAUAUAGUUUAAGUUAUGGUACAGUUGAAGCACCAAUUCCAACACAACGUAGUCAACGAUCACAACGUGCUCAACGUCAUAAUCAAUAUAACACGGAGGCGUUAUAAACUUUUUUUAAAUUUAAUAUAAAAAUACAUACAUUGGAACACACUGUAUAUGCGCACAUUGUAUAUGGAGAAAAAGCUUGUUUUAUAUGAUCAAAAAAUUUUGUGUAAUAUAAUUAUAAUUUCAACUAAGGUGGUUGUGGCGCUACAGAAAAAAAAACUCACUUUCAUCGUUUUCAUUGUGUAAACAAUUGAAGAAAACAAGCGACCAACAUGUCUGGUUGCCAUGAAAUUUUGAAUUUUGCCAAAAUGAUUUUUCUGUACUGCCUUUGGAUUUAAUAAAUGUCCUAGAUUAUUAACUGAUCAUAAACAAUAAGUAUGGUUUAGUUUCUAAUUUUUGGAGAGAGAGUUUGCCAAUUUUUAUAUAAUGUUCCUAACACAAAAUUUGAUCAUAAGAGAGACAAGUUAAAUUAUAUUUAGUUUAAAAUAAGUCAUAAAAAUUCUUUUUA